UGUCUUUGGUCUUAUUCUAACAAAAAGUAAGCAAAGAAGAAUUAUCAUUAAAUACAUCAUCAACAAAAUGCCUUUUUGUUAUUAUAAUGGAGAUAUGGCUGCUAAAUUUACACCAACAUCAGUCAUUCAAAAAUUGAUACAUAAACAGAAAAAUGAGUCAAUGACAGGAUUUAUACAGUUAAUACAUUGUGUAACACCUAGCUAUUAUCAUUAUCAUUUUGGUUAUGCUGAUACAUUUACUGUACAAUUAUCGAAUAACCAAGAAGAAGGUCUUUUUCGUAUAACUUUUUUUGGAAAAGAUGCUUGGGAAUGGUCGAAAAAAUUAAACAUUAAUAUGGUCAUAACAAUUGAUGGAGGCGUCAUACUUUAUCCAGAAAUAAAUAAAUCAAGUAAAAAAACACCAGAAGUUAUAUUUACUGAAAAUUCUAAAAUUAAUAUUAUAAACAAAGAGUUUUUUAAAGAACCAAAUGAACACGGUCAAAAUGGGUUUUUUUGGAAUUUAUAAUUUAUUUACUUACUUAAUUGUAUUGUUGAUUUAAAUUUUCUUGUUAAU